AUGAUCAAGGACAACUCAGACCUCUCACAAGUAGAGAAGUUACACUAUCUCCGAGCUAGCCUGGAGGGAGAAGCGGCUAAAGUCCUCUCAGAUCUGAAACUAUCCGCUGAUUCCUUUACAAGAGCAUGGAAUAGAUUGUCAGAUAGAUUCGACAACGAACGCCUAUUAAUCCUGGCUCAUCUCGAUAGGCUGAUGGCCCUUCCUCGCACAAAGAAAAGGUCUUCUGGAUCCCUCAACAAAUUAAUCAAUGUAGUGACGUCAUCUCUCAGUGCUCUAGCAACAUUAGGAUGCCCGACUGACCAAUGGGAUCACAUUAYCGUUCAUCAGGUGGGAUUAUCACUGGACGACAAGACUCGCGAAGACUGGGAAACCAGGCUAGGAACAUCAAGCGAGUUUCCACUGCUGGAGAAACUAAUGAGUCAUCUCACUAGCACGGCUAGAGCACUGGAACAUAUCAAGACUCGUAAGUCUUACGAGGGAUCCAAAAAGAAAUCUCAACGAGCCAAAUCUCCCCCCACCAGGUCCUACUCAAGGGCCUUAAACGUUAAGGCUGAGGCCACUACGCCUACACCUAUACCUUAUCCUACACGAUCAUCUCAGUCGGCAUUGGAUAAAAGGCCAGUUAAAGAACAUCCGAUGCUAUUCCUAACAGACCUCUCCAACACCUGCAGCUAUUGUAGUCAGAAGCACUACAUCGCCUUUUGCCCUCUCUUCAAGAAUUCAAGUCACCAGAAGAAGGAGAAAAUCAUAACGGAAUCUCGCCUAUGUUAUAACUGCUUGGGCAGACAUAACGUUAGGCAAUGUAGGAGUACUAGGCGAUGCAACAAGUGUGGAGAUCGGCACCACACGCUCAUACAUCCCGAGAAAAGGAUGACAACGUCUAGGACAUCUCCUCCUACAACCAGAAAAUCUCCUCUAAUCUCAAAGACAUCUCCUCCAACAUUGUCUAAGACAUCUCCUCCAACAUCGUCUAGGACAUCUCCUCCUAUAUCAAGAGCUCCAGUACUCUUAGCUACUUGUAAAGCCUUUGCCAUAUCUUCAAAUGGAUCGCCUAAAUUAGAACGUCUUCUUAUUGAUCCUGGAUCAGAGUUGACGUUAGUUUCUUCUAAAAUCAUAGCUAAGCUAAAGCUUAGCCGUUCUCCAGGAAACAUUUCUAUUCAGGUAACAUCUCAAUUGCCGUCUUCUGUAAUAUCAGAGCAAGAUUGGCCUCAUCUCAGAUCUCUUAAAUUAGCGGAUCCUGACUUUCUUACUCCAGAUCACAUUGACAUUCUCAUUGGUGCUGAUAAUCUCAGAAGAGUUCUCAAGUCCUCUCGCCUUGUUAUGGGAGGCGACUCAGAACCUAUAGCCUUCCACACCAGGUUCGSUUGGGCAGUUCUAGGMGCAACUUCCAGCCCGAGCAAGGUCGAUCCUCUCAAAAUUUGCCAUGCCAUCUAUAACGAAUCUCUUGACAAAGCUCUAACAAAACUCUGGGUUCAGGAAGAAGUCUCAUCUUCGCCCGAGUCAACCUUAAGUCUUGCCGAAUCGCAAUGCGAGCAGCACCUUUGGCCUCUCGCCAGGGUGAUACAACUACACUCAGGAAAGGACGGUCUCUGCAGGGUUGUCACGCUUAAGACUGCCACCAGCACUAUCACUAGACCUAUCGUCAAGCUCGCACCAUUGCCUUUCCAACCGCACAAGGAAGAUUAA